ACAGAACCAACAAAACAUCUGGCAUUCAUGGUAAUCUCUUUACCCUGUAAUAUGUUGUACAUGCCACAAACAUUUCAAGAUCUCUGGUUUGAAUCCUUCUUGUAAUAUUCAUGGAUGAUUUUGACUCUCAAAAAACACCAGACAACAACUGAAUCUUGUGUGUAUUCCACCCCAGAGCAAACAUCACUACCACAUAGCAUUGCAGCUAAGGUACAGAUAUUUUGAUUUGAUCAAUGAAACCAUGCCAUGAGAAAACAAGAGGACAAAAUGGUUCAAGUCUCUCUUCCAGCAAACAACCAUAGCAAAGUUCACACCUCUAGAACUAUUCCUGUGAGUCCCACAGCACCGGAACACUUUUCCAUUGAACAAAUCAACAAACUAGAGAGCAAGUUUUUACAUCAAAAGUGGCCGGAUAAAACAAGAGUUGUUGUUAUAGCAAUGGAAAGCAACUUGCUAACUAGAGAUGUGGAGCUCUGGUUCCAAGCAAGAAGAGAAAAGUGGAUGCAAGGAGUAAUUGCUGCCAUUGCUUUGGCUAAAGAGUCUUUAUCAGAGCAUCCAUGACCAUUUGGAUAAAAAAAAUUAACUGAAACAAUCUAUGCACUUAUUUCUGUGUAAUAAAAGUUCAAGAAGACAAAUUCAAUGCUUGGACCAAAUGACAAAGUGAUCCUUGGAAUACACAAAAAGAAUACGAAAAGAUGACAUUCCAAAUCAAUGCAUUUGGUGGUGAGACGGCACUUCCUUAAGAACAGCUCAGAUACAAUCAAAGGCUUUUUCUGCUGAGACAUGUGGUAGCAUGAAGAUAGUUUUGAUUGAGCAAGGGGAGAAUAUUCUUGAUGCCUAGGCAAAAAUAGCUUAUGCCAGUUGGCUUUCACAGAAAAAUUUUGAGUAGUAGCAAGAGUAUACUCAAAACAUCAUCAUGAACAUCCUCCUGAUUGCCCAGAGUAACUGAUACAUUGUAUCAACAAUUUACAUGUAUAUUGUGUCUAUAAGAUGACUGCCUUUUUCCAGUCUGGCUUCCAUUGAUCAAGCUUUAUGCCA